ACGAAGGAGCUUUUCGUCGCCACCCAUGAAACACGACGACGGCGAUGAUCUGAUGUCCGACAUGCCACUGCGCACGGUGCGGUCGUUUGACGGAACCCUCACGGGCCUUCCGCCGCUUGGAACGGACGACCUCACGCUCCGACGUGACAUUGGCAUCCCCAUGGACAAGUACGACGAGGAAGACGCCGAGGCAAAGAUCGAAGAAGGCAUGACGCCAUCGCCCGCCAAGGCCUCGGUCGUCCCGUCGGCCUACAUGGUUCGGCAGGCGCAGAAGGACCACAUCGUCGGGCUCUCGCCCAUCGAAGAGCUCAAGAUUGUUCAAGGCGAGUUCCAAGCGCGCGCUGCGUCCAAGUACCCACGUCUGAGCCUCUCGUCGCGGCUCUCGUCGCGCUUCUCGACGUCGAUCAAGCGGGACGCGCCCCGCAUAAAGGAGCGACUUCACGUGCCGUUUCUGGGCCGCAAACGCAUCGUGCCCAUGCCGCGCGGGAGUGAGGUCUUUCCGGACGCCGAAUUUCGCAAGAUCAAGCAGACACUCCACAAGGACGUCGAGUCGAUGACCCCCGAGCAAGCGCUGAAUUUUGUCAACGACGCGGCCAACACGGAGUUUAUCUUGCGCAAACAGGCCGUCAAGUCCCAAACGCGGUCCUUGCCGUGGUUCAUGCUGCACCCGACGGGCAAGCUGCGCGUUCGCUGGGACGUGGUGACGCUCUUCUUGCUUAUUUAUACGUCCGUGUACACGCCCAUGGCACUGGCGUUCACGGCCAACAUUGUGCAGUCGGACUUUUUCCCCAUGUUUGAUUGGAUCGUCGACGGCUUCUUCUGCGUCGAUGUGGGACUCAAUUUUAUCACGGCCUUUGAAAUCAAGGGCAUUCUCGAGUCGCGGAGUCGGCACAUUGUCGUGCAUUAUCUUCAGAGCUGGUUUCUCAUUGACGCGGCCAGCGCGUUUCCGUAUACGCUCCUACUCGACCAUGCGAUCGAGAACCCGUCCAAACGACUGCGGCAGAUCUUUCAGCUCGCCAAAGUGCUGCGUGUGACGCGUGCGCGCCGCGCGCUACGGCGACUCGACUAUUCGAUUCUCGUGCGGUCGACGAUCAGCAGCCUCAUCAAGUUCUUCAUCCUUGUCAUGGUCACCUCCCAUUGGUUCAGCUGCUUCUUCUUUGGCAUGUCGAACGGUGACGACACUGGCUGGGUCGCCAAACAAAAUCUGAAUGCGUCCUCGCUCUACGCGCAAUAUGUGAGCUCGUUUUACUGGUCCAUCAUGACCAUGACAACGGUUGGAUACGGAGACGUGACGGGCCAAAACACGAACGAACGCCUCUUCAGUAUCUUUGCCAUGAUCAACGGCGCGUGGAUCUUCGCCUACGGCAUUACCAACGUUGUCGCAAUGGUGUCCAACCUUAACAGCACCGACACUCAGUUUCAGCAAAAAAUGGAUCGCAUCAACGCCUACAUGGAGGCGCGGGACUUGCCGUUGGAACUACGCUCGGAAAUCCGCGAGUUCUUCUUCAAUACGCGCCUCAGUGCCGAUAGCAAGCUACGCAACGAAAGCAAGAUCCUCGGCGAGCUCUCGGCGCUGCUUCGCUCCAAGAUUGCGCUCGCUAUCAACGACAGCGUUCUCAACAAGAUGCCAUUCUUCGAAGGCGCCGACCACAAUUUUCUCAUGGAGCUCGCGCUCUCGAUGAAGAUGGUGUGCUUCCCGCCCAACGAAGACGUGAUCAUCGAAGGCGAGAUUGGCGAAGAGAUGUUUUUCAUCUUUCGCGGCGCUGUCGAAGUCGUACAAGGAGGUCGGCAGAUUGCUGUCCUCGGCGAACAACAGUACUUUGGCGAAAUGGCCAUUUUGAACCGCAACUGCUUACGCAUUGCGACCGUCGUCACGCUCUGCUUUUGUGAACUCCGGAUGCUGACGCGGGAAAAGUUUCUCUUGGCACUCACACACUACCCGAGCAUGCGCCACCGCAUCGCCAAAUUCGUCCACAAGCGCAACCAAAUGGCCAAAUUGGCCAAGGCGAACGGAGACGGCAAUCCAUCGAUGAACCGAAAACGGUCGGUCUCGCGCCUCGAUCGCGUCGUUUCAGCGUUUAUGGACAAGUCCACCACGUCCCUCACGACUGUGGCGCCCGUACCCCCCGACGAAAACGACUUGCAAUCGGGCUUGGCGGGCAAAGUUACGCCGCCCAGCAGGCAAGGCAGUGCACGGCGCCUGCCUCUUUCUCCCAACCAAGGAGGCAGCACGCGCAACCUCUUCAAUACCGUUGGCGGGAGCUCGCGCAAUUUGCUCGGUCCCAGCAGUGGCAGCUCGCGCCACCUCUUGGGUCAAAAUAGCGGCAGCACCCGAAAUCUACUCGUUCGGACAAGCAACGACAGUACGCGCAACCUGCUGGCGGGCUUGGGCUCGAGCGCCCGCAAACUCGUGCCGGACGCGGACAGCCGCACCAAUAGCGUGGCGGACUCGAGCAUGAAGAGCCUCGGUGGUGGCUUUGACGCGAGUGCGCGCAACCUCCUCGACCCGACCGAGCGAGAUGAGAUGUCCACGAUGCGCCGUAUCACGAGCCUCGACAUUAUGCACCGCGAGGAGCAGCAUAUGGUCUCGGUCACCGAGCGCGUGAAGCGCACAAUGACGACGGUGACGAGCAACCAAGACACGCUCGUGAAUGAGAUUGCGCAGCUGCACCAAAAGUUUGGCGCUGCUCAAAAGGAGCACCAAAACACCAAGCACGAGCUGGCGCUGUACAAGGCGAUUUACGGUGAAAUUGCCCUCGCAAUGCAACACGCGCAGAAGCCGUCGGCUGGCUCCCGCCGCAACUCGAUCGUCGACAACGUGGCCAAGAGCCUCCAAAAGAACGUGCAUGCGGCGUCGCAGCCCGAGCUCUCCAAGCUUGGUCACUCGUCAAUCGCGCAGUCGACGAUCCAAGGCGUACACUUCAAGGACCUGGGGCACCACGUGCGGCCGGUGGCGCUGCCCCCACCCAAGAAGAAGGCGAGACCGCAGAUCACGCGGGCCAAGACGACGAUCGAGCUCAUGGACCGCGACUUGCCGCUCGACGACGAGUUUGAACGCAUCAUGAACGACUUACUGCAUUAAUCCUCAGUAACACAAGUCGCGACGCUCGGACAGUGGCGGACGACGACAGAUUGGAAUACGGAGAGCGCUCUAUUACAUCAUGUUGUUGCUCUCGUCCG